UUUUAUCUGCCGACAAAAAAUUCAGAGUACCAUAAAAGAAAAAUACUUUAAGACUUGUGACAUGUAACACCAAACUUGGUUAUUUGUGUUCAUAUUCACUCUUUCUCUGUUCUUCUUCACUCACUCUCUUUUACUAUAGACAUGGAUAUUUGCAACAAUGUAUCAGUUUCAGGAGAGUUUCAACAAGAGUUUUCUUCCCUUGAUGACCUUUUUGCAACUCACAACAAGGAAGUGGAUAUUGGGAUGGAGUGGCUAUCAGUGUUUGUUGAAGAAUGUUUUUCAAGCAAACCAAGUUGUGUCAUAGCACCUUCUAGUUCUAAUGUUCAAAUUCAAACAACUACAUGUACCAACACAAAACCUUCAAACACAAUGCAAAAACCUCAACAACAAGAACAAAAUCAAUCUUAUUUACAAAAUUUUGUUGUUCCUGGAAAAGCAAGAAGCAAAAGGAAAAGACUUUCAGCUCCUAGAACCAAAAUUUGGUCACAUAAUUCACAUCUUUUAAGUGAUGCUAUGUCUUUAGAUCCACCUUUGUUGAAACAAAGUUAUUGGUUAGCUGAUAGUGAACUCAUUGUUCCUAAAAGGAAAACCGAGCAAAAAGUCGUUGCAGUUGCACGCAGAGACACCUCGAUUUACCAGAAGAAAAAAAGGGUAAAGCUUGAAAUUAAGAUUGAAAAUAGUGAUGAUAAAAAUAAUUGUGAUGAUGUUGAUGAACAUGUUCCAAAUGCAAGAAGGUGCACUCAUUGUUUGUCUCAAAGGACCCCACAAUGGAGGGCAGGACCAUUGGGACCAAAGACAUUAUGCAAUGCAUGUGGUGUGAGGUACAAGUCUGGUAGGUUGUUGCCAGAGUAUAGGCCAGCAAAGAGUCCUACUUUUGUUAGCUACUUGCAUUCAAAUUCACACAAGAAAGUUUUGGAGAUGAGAAUGCAAUCUAUUAAUUAAUUAGUACUUAAUUAGUAGUGAUUAGUGAAGUAGUUUUUAGUAUAUGUUAUUUUCAUGUAGAUCAAAGUUGGGAAUUAAGGAACUAUGUGUUUUGCAAAA